AUGCCAAGUGACAAAUUUCUGAAACCUGACUUUCUUCGUGAAUUUAUUGAAUUGUACCAAACAUUACCCUCUUUAUGGAAAGUUAAGUCAGAUGACUACUCCAACAGGAACAAAAGAGAAAAGGCAUAUGAACAACUUGUCACACUUUGCCGAACUGUCUGCCCAACUGCAGAUGUACCUUUUGUCAAAAGCAAAAUUUCUAACUUAAGAACAGUUUUCAGAAAAGAACUAAACAAAGUGCAGGCCUCAAAAAAAUCUGGAGCCUCGGCAGAUGAUAUAUAUGUCCCCAAACUGUGGUACUUUGAUCUACUUUUGUUUACAGUAGAUCAAGAAGUAGCACGGUAUUCAAAUUCAAAUUUAUCUUCAGUUGAAAACCACAAUGAAACAUAUGUGGAUGUUGAAGCACCAGCAACACAAACAACUGAGUCAACUGAGAGUACAGAGACCAGUACAGAGACCCAGUCUCAGACAAGUGUCAACACCAGUUCUUUGGAUUCUACACAACAGGCAAGCACUACAGAAGUUUCACACACACCCAACCGACCCAACCUUGGCGAAAAGGGGAAAAAAAGGAAAAGACUACAAACUGAUGACAACACACAGAAAUUAAUAACUGAUGCUGCUUCUCUUUUAUCCAAAAGAACAGAUGAACAUGAUGCAUUUGCAUUUACUGUUGCCUCUAAACUGAGGCGUAUGGAAGAAGAACAGCGCUUGUUUGCUGAAAACAUGAUCACGCAAGUGCUACAGAAAGGCCUGAUGAAAAAACUAUCAGACUAUACCACAAUUAAUGACCAUAACCCGACAUCAAUACAAUACCCACAACCAUCCUGGUACUCCCCUGCUCACAGUUUUUACCCACCAGUGGCAAACUCCUCACAAUACCCACCGACACCACAUGAAAGCACACAGUAUGAAAAUUUGUAACUACUACUUAUUUACACAACCAAACACUGUUUUGCACUUUUAUUAUUAUUAUUAUUAUUGGUAUCUGUUUUUAUAUAUUUAUAGUUUUUUGUUAUUUUAAUGGUUCAUAUUGUUAUUUAUGUGU